AUGAUUGACCGACCAGACAUUCUCGCUGCUCAGCUCGACCUCACCACCGAUAAAACUCUGCGCCAGAUUAACCAGUGGAGCCCAAUGUCUCUACAAACAAUUGCUCGCUGCGUUCACGAGGUGUUUGAAGAGCGCGCUGUCCAGACGCCUUCGGCGCCCGCUGUCAGCGCAUGGGACCUAAGCUUGACGUACGCGGAAUUGAACCAAUGGGCAAAUCGCCUCGCACACUAUCUCCAAACUCUCGGUGUUGGACCGGAGGUGCUGGUUCCGCUGUGCUUCGACAAAUCUGCGUUCAAUGUGGUUUCCAUGCUCGCCGUGUUGAAGGCAGGGGGUGCCUUUGUCCCUCUGGAUCCCACUCACCCAGCUGAACGUCACAGGGCCAUUAUUACUGAUACAAACGCACGCGUCGUACUCACGAGUCCUUUGUAUAGCACGCAUUUCAGUGUUUUGGUCUUGGGUGUUGUCAUGGUCGACCUGCAAAACCUCUCUCAGCUGCCUUCCAGCGAGGUCUCAGCAUCAACAGUGAGCCCGUCGAGUGCAGCGGUGGUGAUAUACACCUCUGGAAGCACCGGUAAGGCCAAGGGAGUAGUUUUGGAACAUCGCAAUCUGUGCACGAGUAUGGAAGCCCACGGAUCUGCCUUGAAGAUCGGACCCUCCAGUCGGGUCCUGCAAUUCGCAGCACAUAUCUUCGAUAUUAGCUUGCAGGAUAUCCUGACCACCAUUACGAGGGGAGGCUGUGUCUGUAUCCCCUCACUGCAGCAGCGGGACAACGAUCUGCCCGGCGCCAUCACCAAGUAUCAGGUCAACUGGGCCUGCAUCACCCCGACCGUUGCGGGCCACUUGCUGGAGCCCAAGCUGGUCCCCACGCUCAAGACCUUGACCUUGGCAGGCGAAGCAGUCUCGCAGCGCGUUGUAGAUAUCUGGUCUCCAGCAGGCGAGACGAAGCUCGAAAGCUUCCAUAAUUGCUAUGGCCCCGCCGAAUGUACCGUCUACUGCUCAUGGAAUGGCCGCGUCGGCCAGGAGAGCAAACCGUUCAACAUCGGCCACAGCCUGGCGAGCCGACAUUGGGUAGUCAACGCCGAUAAUCACAACAUCCUUCAGCCCAUCGGAAGUGUGGGCGAGCUGGUGGUGGAAGGGCCGCUGGUUGCGCGAGGUUACCUGAACGACGCUGCCAAAACAGAGGCCUCGUUCAUCACAAACCCUGCCUGGGCCGCGGCGGGUAACGAGACCAAUCGGAGAAUGUACCGCACUGGCGACCUGGUCCGGUAUACGAGCGAUGGGUCGCUCGAUUAUCUGGGCCGCAAGGACUUCCAGGUGAAGCUGCACGGUCAGCGCAUCGAGCUAGGAGAAGUUGAGCAUGCGCUCUUGCGCAACGAGCGAGUUCAGGAUGGCGUCGUUCUCUUUCCUCGCUCUGGCAGUGAGCAGCAGCGCCUCGUUGCCAUUGUCUCUAUCCAUUCCAGUGCUGGAUCAGGUUCCAAGACAGCGACUGGCACGACUCGCGUCUUGCAGCCUGUUCAUGCUGACCAAAAGAGAGCCGCUUGCAGGCAGGUUACGGAGGUCAAGGAAGGCCUGAUGAGCCGGCUACCGAACUACAUGGUGCCCUCCGUCUGGAUUGCCGUGCAGGAUAUUCCCAUCAAUGCAUCUGGCAAGAUCGACCGCGCUCAGAUCACAAAGUGGAUCGAGAGCCUGCAGGGAGCGAAGCGCAGUGAGUGGGUCAUCGACACAGAAGAAGAGCACCUUCCUGCCCAGAGCGGCGCCGCACUGCAGACCUCGAAACAGUGCCAGCUGCGCAAUAUCGUUUCCCAGACCCUCAACUUGUCACCAGAGAGAGUGCGCUUCAGCCGUUCAUUCCUGGGAUUGGGCGGAGACUCUAUCACCGCCAUGCAGCUGGUCGCCGUGGCUCGUGGACAGGGGCUUGCCGUCAAGGUGAAAGAUGUACUACGCAGCAGAUCGCUCACUGCCUUGCUGGAUCGGGUUCUGGAGGCCUCGCCAACAGCAGAGGCCGGGCAGAUAUCCGAGAGCAUAGAUUUGCCCUUCCCCCUGGCACCAAUGCAGCGCCUGUUUAUGGACAUGUCUCAAGAGCCCGAGACACACUUCAACCAGAGCUUCUUCCUCCAGCUUCAAUGCCGCAUAUCGGAGUCGGAAAUGCUGCACGCAGUCAACGAGAUCGCUCACCGUCACAGCAUGCUCCGAGUGCGCUUCAACUACAAGAAUGAUACCUGGGAACAGCGAAUUCUUGCGCCAACUCGCGAGGCUUAUCGGUUUACUACACAUCACGGGGUGACCUCGGAGGAGAUUGCGACAAUCCUAUGCACAAGCCAGAAGUCUCUUGAUCUCGUUCAAGGCCCGGUGUUUGCAGUAGAUUUCAUUGAUAAUGGCAAUGAGCGACUUCUAUACCUGGUGGCGCACCAUCUGGCCAUUGAUCUUGUUUCCUGGCGUGUCAUCCUGGGUGAGCUGGAAUUACUCUUGGGUGGGAAAUCCCUGCCAUCUCACCGACCCUUCCCCUUCCAGACAUGGGUUCGACGCCAGAUCGAGCGCGCUGAGCAGUUGGAAGUGGCCAAAGAACUUGGAUUUUCCAUCCCCGCAGCCGACUUUGCGUACUGGGGAAUGGACAACCGGCCCAACACGUAUGGAGACACAAUUCGCGAGGGAUUCACCCUCGACCCCUCCGUCACUCAAUCCAUUCUCCAGGACUCCAAUAGAGCAUGGAACACGGAACCCGACGACAUCUUCCUGGCCGCAUUCUUAUCAUCUAUGGCUCAGACCUUCCCCAGUCGUCUCGAGUCUUUGCCGGCCAUCUUUGUGGAGAACCAUGGACGAAAGGCCUGGGACGACACCAUUGAUCUCGCCCAGACUGUUGGCUGGUUUACGACCAAGUCGCCUGUCUCCGCGCGUCAUAGCGACCUGCAGAGCCCGGCUGAGUCGGUCUACAAGGUUAAAGACCUGCGCAGGAGAGUUUCGCACGGGGGCCUGAUGUACUUUAUGUCGCGCUUCCUGACUUCAGGCGGCCAAGAGGCAUUCGGCCAUCACUGGCCCAUGGAGAUCCUGUUCAACAACCUGGGCCAGUACCAGCAGUUGGAGCGUACCGACACUCUCCUCAAGCCCCACGCACCUGUUGCUGGAGUUUCGGAUGUGAGCCCCCGCGCCACACGGCUUGCCCUGAUCGAAGUAUCCGUGGUGGUGGUGCAGGGGGCUGCGCGGUUCGACUUUGUCCUCAACAAGCACAUGAAACAUCUGGAUCUAUUUGCCCGCUUUGUCCAGAACUACGAAAAGUGUCUGACUUCACUCGCCAGCGAGCUGCCUACGAUGCAGCCCCAGCGGAGUCUCUCCGACUUCCCCCUGCUGCCCUCGCUCACCUACCGCGGACUGGAUCGGUUAAACCAGGCACUCGGCGACCUGCAGCCCCUCGUCGAGGACAUUUACCCUUGCUCUCCCAUGCAGGAUGGCCUUCUGCUGAGCCAGAGCCAGUCGCCGGGAAAUUACCAGAUAAGCUUCACCUACGCUUUGCAUGCCCCAGAGGGUGCUCCCGUCCACGUCGAUCGCCUUCAAAAGGCCUGGCAGCAGGUCGUCAGCCGGCACGCCAUCAUGCGCACAAUCUUUGUCGACAGCGUGUCGGAUGAGAGUGCGUAUCUGCAGGUGGUUCUCAAGAAUAUGGAUGCGUUUGCUCUUCCAGAAAACCGAGGCUUUGCUCAACCAGACCACAGCCUGGUCAUCUCCAACAGCGGUGCAGCGCAGACGAUUGUCGAGCUGAGGGUGAACCACGCCCUGAUCGACGCAGUAUCCGUCGGCCUCUUGCUGCAUGAACUACAGGCCGCUUACGAUGAAGCUUUUCUGUCUACGGAAGCCCCUGGAUAUCAGAACUACAUUCGCUUCCUUCAGGCAAAGGAUCGGAAUGCGGCGGAUGAGUACUGGGCCAGGUAUGUCUCUGGCGUCGAGCCCUGCAUACUGCCCCCAAUGCCAGACGCGUCAAGUCAGGAGAAACAACUGCGCUCCUUGGAAAUCCCACUAGACGAGAUCACCCAGAGCCUCCGCCACUUCUGCGAGCUGCACGAAACGACCGUCGCCAACUUCUUCCAUGCAGUCUGGGCCCUCGUCCUCCGCACUUUCGCCGCAUCAAACAAUGUCUGCUUUGGCUACCUCGCCGCAGGCCGAGAGGCCGCAGUACCGGGCAUCGAGAGCAUUGCUGGCCCCUUUAUUAACCUUCUUGUUGGCCGCUUUGAUAUGGAUGAAGCCAAUACCGUUUUGGAUGUGGUGAAGCGUGCCCAGUUGGACUAUGCGGCAGGCCUCGAGCACCAGCAUUACCCACUGGCGAGCCUGCACCAUUAUCUGAAACUCGAAGGGGCUCCCCUGUUCAAUACUAUCAUUUCCGUGCAGCGUAGUGCUUCGCAAGCGACAGAUAUCGCUUCCCAUCAGCCGUCUUUGACCUUUGAGAGCGUCAAGUCUCAUGAUCCCACCGAGGUAAGGGCUGCUCCCAUCGAGAAUAUAUAA